AUGAUGGAAGAAGUCGACUUACCCGACGCUGCUAUUUGCAAGUCUUGUGGAAAAGCCUAUGAGCUUCCCGAGGAGGGAGUCGGUGGAAAUCUUCCCCGGGUGCUUUUCUGUGCCCACAUCUACUGCACUGUCUGCCUGCAGGCGAUAAAACGUGACAACGUCAUACAAUGUCCAGAGUGUAAGGUGAACUCCACCCUUGAUGAAGGAGGAGUGCUCAGUCUGCAACAAGAUGCCAGAAUAACAGGCCUCAUCUACACCACAAAAAUAAACAAGAUGAAGAGCUCGCGUCACGACAAGCCGAGGCACCGCAGACGAAACAAACUGGCGACGUCUGAGGGCAGCAGCACCAGGGCUGGGAUUGCAAUAAUAACGAGUAAUGCUGGUAUUUCUGGUGUGUUCCUGUCUGAUAUGAAGAAUAUUGAAAAGGCGUUGGAUGUGGCUGUGAUUAAAGCUGCAGAAAACAUCGUCCAGCUGCAAAACAUCAGCAAGGUAAGAACUGCACCUGUGUCGGAGCAGGUGAAGAGGAAGAUGGCGCAACUGGAGAUGGAGAUCUAUCAAGCCUCAGACAAAGCUAUCAGCGCUGUCCAGAAGUGGAAGGAUUCCCAGUUGCGUCGGCUGACAAAACUGGAGAUUCACUUCAAUGCUGACGAAGCCCGCAGCAAAGUUCAGGAGAGGAUUCAGACCCUGAAAAUAGCACUGCGGAUGGCCGGAGAAGUGCGAAGCACUCCUUCUCUGGGACAGUACUACACCCUGGAUAAGGUUCUGGAGACCCUACUCGCUCCUGUGGAUGAACAAUCCAUGGAACUGAAAUGCAUCACCCCGGACCCUGGAAUCAGCUCCCAACAAGACCGCUUCGACAGCAAGUCUCCCGAGGAGCCUGCGCACUGCAAAGAUGGCGACAGCAUCAGACCCAGUGAAAAAGAGCUUCCCAGUCCGCAAACUCUGCCUCCAACUGGCCCUGAGCUGGCCAACGACAAACGGAGAAUUCACAAGAUGAGAAAGAAACAGUCCUGCUGUACGAAAAAGGUCUCCCAGUGGGUUGUGGUGACCCACAUUGUCAACCCAAAUCACUUCUAUGUCCAAUAUGUUGCCGAGAAGAAGGAACAUGAGGCGCUUUCGGAGAAGAUCGGCCGCAUCGCCCAGUCAGAUUCUUCCUUCUUCACUUCAACUCAUACGCUGGAGACCGGCUUUUUGGUCUUUGCAAAGUGGAAGGAUGGACGCUGGAGCCGGGCCCGUGUGGUUGAUCUGCAGAGGAGCGGCUGCGCCGACUCCGUGGAGUCCUGUGUGGUCACCCGGCUCGCGGCUGUACGAGUCUUUUUCCUCGACUGUGGACUCACCAAGAGCAUCCCCAUACAGAGUGAGGAUGACACCACCGAGUCGGCACUGAUGGCUGUGAACAGACACCUGAGGAAGGUUAGACGCUUGGCGGCAAUGGAGCUGGCAAGCUUCCCCUGUCAGGCUGUCAGAUGUUCCCUGAAGGAUCUGGUCCCGUUCGACCAGGCAAAGGGUUGGAGCGUGGAGGCGACGGUUAAGUUCAGCGAGUUCGUUGGAACCUCGGCAGUCCAGAUGUGUCCUCUGGGUCAAGACAGCGACUCUCUGCUGGUGGACCUGCUGAAAACUCCAGUUCAUCAGUGCAGCAGCGCCCCCCUCUCUGUCAAAGUACACCUUGUUUUCAUCGAAGUGGCCAGGUUCUUUUGUCCAGUGACGCCUGAAAUGACGCCUCUGAAGUUCUACUCACCCGUCUGUCCCAAAACAAACACGGUGCUCCGAACUGUCGUGUCCCACGUGAACAGCCCCUCCGACUUCUACAUCCAGGUAGUUGACAGCACGGAGUCGUCGCUGCUCUCGGCCAAGCUUCAGGGCUGUUACAGUGCCGCCAUCCCUCCAGGGGACGACGAGUUCAGCAUCCACUGUCCUGUGAUCGGACAGGCCUGCGUGGCUCGCUUCGACGACGAGACGUGGUGCAGAGCCCAGAUUCUAGGUCACCUUGAUGGAAUAAAAGUGGAGGUGUUCUUUGUGGAUUAUGGCAAUACGAAAAUCGUGUCUGUCAGUGACUUGAGGAAGAUCAAAGACGAAUUUUUUGCUCUUCCUUCGAUGGCCGUCCACUGCAGCCUGUCAGAUGUGGUCCCUGCUCAGGGAGCCACCUGGAGCGACGCCAGCAACAACCGCUUCAUCCUUCUGGCCCACCAGAAACCGGUCACUGUUGUAGCAACAGCGAAAGCUCAAGAAGGAAAACCUCUGCCUGUCAUGCUGUUUGUGGGCGGCCAGGAUGAACCACUGACCAACAUCUCUGAGCAUCUGGUCGAUGAGGGGCUGGCCUGCUUCAAAGAACGUGUGAAGCCCCCGCCUGACGAUCUGGCCGUCUGGGACCCUCCACUUGAAUUGUGUUUCCCUGGGGGAGAGAUCGACGCCCCGAACCCGAAAACCCCGGGGCAUCAGGAGGAGGAACCGCAAGAGUUCAGUCCUCAGCUGAAGAUUCCCGCACAGCUGAAGGACCUGGAAGUCCGGGUGACUCACAUCAACUCGCCGAGCAGCUUCUACGUCCAGUUCGUGCAGAACGACUCUCAGCUCCAGAGUGUGAACGAGAAGGUGAAGCAGGAGUGUGAGCUGUCCGAGCCUCAGGACGUGGCGUGGAAGACGGACAUGUAUUGUGCCGCGCUCAUCAACGGGGUUUGGGAGAGAGGGCAGAUCGUCAAAGACGUGACGUCAAGCGACACUGCAGAGGUGAGACUGUGUGACUAUGGAAACACAGUGAAAGUCGCCCUCAGCGAGCUGCGGCCGCUACCCCCCUCCCUGACGGGCUCUCUGGCACUGGAGUGCUCCCUGGAUGACAUACGACCAGCAGGAGGUCGCAGCACCUGGACGGAUACAGCCUGCGAUUUAUUCUCCUGCUACGCAACCACGGUUUUUGUCCUCUUGACCAUCAAGGAGGUGACAGAUGAGCGUCCGAUGUCCGUCACGCUGUUCGGCUCAAACAAAGUUGGACAGUUAAUAAACAUUUCUGACUUCCUGACCAAGGAAGGCCUCGCUCUCAGGAAAAGAACACCAAGAGACGCCGUCGUUGAAAACCUCCCAAAACCCGAUGCUGCUCCGUCAGGGAACGAGAUCCAUAUCGAGACCUCGUCGUACGAUCCCCCGGCGCUGCCACGUCUCAGUGUCCUCCAGAUGAGCGUGUCCGCCAUUGGAGACGACGGUCUGAUUUAUGCCAGAACUCGGUGUGCAGAGUUUGAGCUGGAGCAGCUGAAGGAGAGGAUUCAGCAGAGCAUGAAGACUUUGCCCAGGCAGAAGCAUUACACCUGGAAGUCGGUGCUGGGCUGCGCUGUGAUUGGACCAGACAUGCUGUGGUAUCGCGGGAAGCUGCUGGAGGUGCUGGGAGGACACGUGACGGUGCAGUAUGUGGACUACGGCCUGGUGGAGAACAUCCCAGUCGUCCAUGUUUACCCUGUGCUGCUGUGUGAAGACGUCCCUCAGCUCUGCCUGCCCUGCCAGCUGCUUGGCGUCAACCCUGUCGGCGGUAAAUGGCAGCAGGAUGCUUUGGCCUUGCUGAAGGAAGUGUUGCUCAACCGCACUGUUCUCGUGCACGUUGUGGAGCUUCCAGCUGAUCCGGACGGACCGCUCACGGUUGAGAUCUUCCUCGGCAGCAUGAGCGUCAGCAAGAUUCUCUGUCACCACGAAUACGCUCGCAUAGACAACACCGUGUCCGCACAGAAGGGACUCUCAGCAGUGCCGUCGUCUCCCAUCCUGCAAGACUGGGAUCUCAGCACUGAGGGGCUGCUGGAAGCAGAGGAGCCGAUGCUGGGACCCUUUAUUGAGCCAAAGCUGCCAGAGAAAGAACUCUUCAAAAUCCGAGUCAAACAUCUUCAGACUCCAAACGAGGUGUUUGUUUGGCCGGUGGAGGAAACGACGGACGUGGACGUCGAUGGAGAGACUCUGGAUGAAGCUCUGACUCGAGUUAAUGCAGGGAUCGACAGCCUGCCCUGUCUCACCAACUUCCCGUUUGGAGGUCCGUGUCUGGCAGAGUACAGCGAUGGGAAGUAUUACCGGGCCCGGUUGAUGAAGAUCACCAGCGUGGAGCCGGUCUCCGUCCUGGUCCAGCACGUGGACUUCGGCUCUUACGACGAUUUACCCGUCAGCAAGCUGCGGCAGAUGCCCGCCGACCUGAUGCGGUUUCCCUCCCGGGCGCUGAAGGUGAGAGUCGGCGGCUUCAAGGCUCCACACGUCAACGUGGAGGACGAGGUGCUGCCUUACAGCCCCGAGUGGAGCGUGAAGGCGGCCAUGGACAUGAUCGAGCUGCUGCACGACAACAUCACCGCCACCGUCGUGGCACGAGAGCCUCGGCUCACAGUCCUGCUGUUCAAUAAGGACGGAGAGCCGAUCCACCUUCCUCUGGUCCACAGCGGCCUGGCAGAGCUGGAGUGA